AUGGACGCAGAAGAAGCGCGCAAGGCGCUAGAUCUUGCGCGUAAGCAUGAUAUGAAUGGGAAUACAGAGGCUGCACUAAAAUGGGCGCGCAAGAGUGUGGCUAUUUACUCUACUCCUGAGGCCAUGGCCCUUUUCACUCGUUUGAAGGAGAAGGGUGCCCAAGGCGGCGGGGAUGCCACUGGACCAUCCUCCGCUGCUAAGCCAAGUAUGGAAGAGUCGGAAAGUAUUUACGCUUCGACCUCUACAAAAACCACUUCGGUGGAUUCUGACGGUCAUAAAAAGGAAUAUACAGAGAAGCAGGUUGACAUCGUUCGACGCGUGAAGCGUGCCGGCGGCGAUUUUUAUGCCGUGCUGGAUAUCCAGAAAACUGCUACAGACUCUGAAGUGAAGAAAUCUUACAGGAAGCUUGCGCUUCAGCUUCAUCCUGAUAAAAAUAGGGCGCCUGGCGCAGAUGAGGCGUUCAAACUUGUUUCCAAAGCGUUCACAGUGCUCUCCGACAAGGAUAAGCGUGCCUUGUAUGAUCGGUAUGGUGGCGAUCCAGACAGCCGCUUUGGUACCGCGCAGGCGUCCGGUGCUGCAAAUCCGUUUAGCCAAUUCCAAGGCGGCGCACGUAUGCGGCCAGGUAUGGGGACCGAAAUCGACCCUGAGGAUUUGUUCAACAUGUUUUUCGGAGGUGGUAUGGGCGGAGCCCAGUUUGGUGGUGGUCCCAUGUUCUCUUUCGGAGGGCCUGGCUUUCGCACGCAUUACUAUCGGCCAGGGGCUAGCGCAAACGGCGCUCGCGCACGUCAAGCCGGCCAGCAACAGAAUUCGAAUCAAACGGCCAUGUGGUUCCAGCUUCUGCCGAUUGCAAUUCUCCUUUUUUUCACGAUCCUUUCCUAUCUGCCCAACCUGUUUUCCGUGUCAGACCCUGAUUUCCGCUGGCGCGCUACGUCCCUCCAUCGUGCACAGCGCACUACGCAUGACCGUGGUGUUUUGUACUAUGUUGAUCCGGUAUCCUUUGCCAAGCAUCCCUAUGUAACCUCGUCCACGACAUCAUCGCGCAAUGGUGGUAACGUGCAACGUUUUUCAAAAGAGAAGAGCAGUCCUGAAUUGCGGGCAUUUGAGCGUCGUGUAGAAGAGUCAUGGAUGAAGGAACUCUAUCGACAGUGUGAGCAUGCACAAGAAUACAAGCGUAGGCGCAUUGUUGAUGCUCAAGGCUUCUUUGGUUUCGGUGGCGACCGUGAGAAAAUAGCCAAGAUCCAAGCGGAAGUGUACGAAAGCUGCGAGCAGCUCGAGCGGCUCUACGGCAUCCGCCUCACAUAG